UCCUGGCUUCUUUUCUUCCUGUGCAAGGAACUUCUGGUUCAGAAUGGACAAACACUUCUUGAUGGUCUUCUCCCUUUUCUGCUGCAUUGUAGGUCUAGACAACUCUAGCUCCUUCUACAGUUCCCCUGGUCUCACACCAGCUCCACGCUCUCCAGCAGUGACACCGCUCACAUGCAUGACAUGCCACCUUCGCACAAGGACAGAUCGCUGCAGGAGAGGCUUUGGUAUCUGUGUUGCUCAGAAGUUCGAGUCAUGCAUGACUUUAAAGAUCUUCCAGGAUAACAUUCUGCAAUUAUCGUAUAUGGUGUGUCAGAAAUUCUGCAGAGACUUGACAUUUGAUUUCAACAAUCGGACUUAUGUUCAUAAAUGCUGCAAGAUCAAUUAUUGUAACUUCAAAAACGAACAAAGGGAGGUGGGCCAGGGGGUGGGGAUGACUGGAUGAUGGGCACUGAGGGGGGCACUUGAUGAGAUGAGCACUGGGUGUUAUGCUAUAUGUU